CUUCCCGCCGCCUCCUGCCAGAAAGCGCCUCCUCCUCCUCCUGUUCCCCUUUUGUUCGUGUCCCUGAGCCUCGCAGCAGCCUGAGAGCUCCCGCUCUGCUGCAAGGACAGCGACUGGUUAUUUCUCCCCCCUCCCCAGGGUGCGGAGGAUUUCCCCGACUGCUGCAUCCUGAUCCUACAGGCUUCUGCCUGCAGCCUUCCACGCGUCCGGGAACGCCUCUAGUUUCUCUGGUUGUUGGAAGCACACACACAAAACCCUCCUAACGAAAAUUUGGUCACCAUCGGCCUGACCAAACCGGCGUGUUUUUCCACUCGUAAAAAUGAAAAGGGGGCAUCGAUGUGCUGCUGGACUAAAUUACUCUUGUCAGCCCCUGGCCGUGGGGCUUCUGCUCUGCUCUGUAGCGCUGCCAUUCCAGGAAAGCAGUGUCGGCAGCCUCUCUUUUGAGCUCUGUUACUGUAGCAUCCUUUCACACAAAGGAGAUACAUAGGAAUUUAAUGCAUUACAGUUUCAGAGUUUUAAUCAGGCAUGAAAUUCCUGUGCAGCUCUUGUUUUCUGUUAAAAAAAGGAAAUGGAACCUUCCAGAAGGUGCUGAAGUUGGAGGCACUAUUGGAAAUUUUGUAGUUAGGUAUUUCUUUUUGUUUCAGGUUAGAGUUCAGAAAAGACAAGUCAACUGCUCAUUUUAUUUCAAAAUUGGAGCUUGUCGCCAUGGAGACAGAUGUUCUCGGUUGCACAACAAACCAACAUUUAGCCAGACCAUUGCCCUCUUGAACAUUUACCGUAACCCUCAAAACUCUUCCCAGUCUGCUGACGGUUUGCGCUGUGCUGUGAGCGAUGUUGAGAUGCAGGAACAUUAUGAUGAGUUCUUUGAGGAGGUCUUCACAGAAAUGGAGGAGAAAUACGGCGAAGUUGAGGAGAUGAACGUCUGUGAUAACCUUGGAGAUCAUCUAGUUGGAAAUGUAUACGUAAAGUUCCGCCGUGAAGAAGAUGCAGAGAAGGCUGUGAUUGACCUGAACAAUCGCUGGUUUAAUGGGCAGCCCAUCCAUGCUGAGCUGUCCCCCGUGACUGACUUCAGAGAGGCCUGCUGCCGUCAAUACGAGAUGGGAGAGUGUACACGAGGAGGUUUCUGCAACUUUAUGCAUUUGAAGCCCAUUUCUCGGGAGUUAAGGCGCGAGUUGUAUGGGCGGCGUCGUAAAAAGCAUAGAUCCAGGUCGAGGUCCCGUGAGCGCCGGUCGAGAUCCAGAGAUCGCGGUCGUGGCGGCGGAGGAGGCGGCGGCGGCCGUGAGCGGGACAGGAGGCGGUCAAGAGAUCGUGAACGAUCCGGUCGAUUCUGAGCCAUGCCAUUUUUACUGUAUGUCUGCUAGAAAGUGUUGUAGUUUGACCAAACAAGUUCAUAAUGACAUUUUUUUUAAAGAUGGGCUUCUGAAUAAAAAAUUUGUAGUGAUACAGUAUUCUUUGUGUAACUUGUUUCUUGUGGGGGGAGUCUUUUUAACUGUCAUUCCUCUAUCUUGACAAAUACCUGGAUUAAGUCUGCCUGAGGGAAAGGUGGUAAAUGUAUUGGAGGAGCGCCAGUUUUGGUUUGGGUUUUUAUUUUAUUCGGGUAUGAUUUGAACUGUUGAUGAAAAUGUGUGUGUAUAUAAUAUAAAAUAUUA